AGAGCUGGGUUUACAAGGAAGUAAAAGAAAUUCCUGACUAAUCAGAAUGUUAACACGACAGCGGGAACCGCUGACAAUACGGAAGGGCUAUAUGAAAUGUGUCAUAAGCACUAAGGCAGACGAAAAAUGCUGAGUAGGAGGAGGCGGCUUACCAAAAGAGUCAACCCCUUCUCGAUUAACAACCAAUAAACAAGCUCCACCGACCCAAAAUCACGUCAGGGUAGGAGGACCCCUAUACCCGGAAGACAACGAGUCAGCAUAGCAGAGGUUAUAAAAACCCGAGACGACCCAUUUUAGGGGCUCUUUUUAGCUUUUUAGCUUCUUAGCUUUUUUUGGCUAUUCGAUUCGAUUCUAGUCGGAUCUAUUUUUAUUAAUGUCAUUAUUACAUUAGUACCUCAAUUGUGGCCAUGAGUGGACGCUGGGUCGUGAUGACAAGCCUUCUCAUCUUCAGCUCAACUACUUGUGUCAACAAGAAUUUUUGAAUCAAGACACCACAACCAUGGCUGAUAUCAAGAGUGAGGAAGCAACUGAAAUCAGGUGUCAAGAGAAAUCUAAGGGUGGUCUGUCAUAUGAAGUAAUCCUGGCAGAGCCUGUGGCUGUGACUCCUCCCAAACGACCUUCCUCCCCCAGCAACAAGGUUUCAGUGGAGAACAUCGAGGAGAAAUUGAAAGCGGCUGAAGAGAGGAGAUUGUCGUUGGAAGCAAACAGGAUGGCUUUUUUGGCUGCCAAGAUGUCAAAGAUUGAGGAGGCAUCAAAGAAGAGGGAGGAACAAGCAAAUAAUUUCAUUUCACAAACGCGAGAAGCCCUAGAACAAAAGAUGGAAGCGCACAUUGAGAAACGAGAAUCAUUCAUCAAUGACUUGAAGUAUAAAUUAAAGGAUCAUCGAGAGAGUGUGGAGAAGACAAGACUGUCACUAGAAAUGCAGAGAAAUGAAGUAAGAAAUGCAGUUGAGGAGAAGUACAAAACAGCUAUUGCUCAGCGAAAUGAGUACAAAAAGAAAAUGUUGGAUAGGCUUAAGGAACAUGAGGAGCAGGUGCAGCGGGUUCAGGCAGGAAUGCUCAAGAAAAUGAACGAGUUGGAGUCUCAGAUUCAGAGCAAGCUGGAGUUGGCACAGAAAAGACGUGAGCAGCUCGAGCGGGAGCAACUUGAGAAGCUGCGUAGUCAUGAACACCGGGCUGAGAUGGUGCGACAAAAUAAGGAGCGCCUAUCAAGUGAGAAUGAUGAGCAGCAGACUGCUUCUUCAGGCUAGUUGGACAUGCAGUUAUGGAGUUAACUCUGCCCAGCCCCUCCUUCCCUUCUGAGCAAGGAACAAAGCUUGUUAGGCAACGGGAUAUGGAACGAGUUACCACGAAGACAGACCCUUGGUAAAUGGUCGGUUGCCAAGUUAUGCAACAGUAAGGAAAGCGGUGUUUCUAGAGACAUUGCUUGGCAACGCUCCCAAGAGUUGUUUAUUGCUGCAUAGCAACCAGCUUGCUUCGGCUCGGCACAUCAUGGAGAAAAACAGCUUUCUUUACGGUUGCGUAACUUGUCAACUGACCGUUUAUCAAGAGUCUGUCUUCAUGGUAACUCGUUCCAUAUCCCGUUGCCCAACAACGGUGUGACAUGUCACAGUAUAUUGUAUAACAAAAGGGGCCAGUAUAGAGCAUCAGUUGAUAAAAGAGUUUUGUCAUUUAACGCUUUGUUUUGUGACUUGGUAUCUUAAUAUUGUUAUGUCUGGUUAUUGAUGCAGUCUUGAUAUUGUAAGGUACAGUGAGCUGCCAGUGUUUCUGAUGUGCCUGUUGUUACAUAACAGUGCUUAUAUAUUGUAUUUCAUGGUGAGAUGAAACCCUGCUUGAAGAAAGAUGAGUCUGUAUUGUUAAAGUACUAAACUGAAAAUGUGUAAAAAAUGAGCAUAGAUGUGAAGACAAGCUAGCUUCUGUGAUGGCUUUAUGCAGAACAACUAUUAAUUAGCCAGAAUUUGUAGUUUACUGGCAUGUUUUUGUCCUAGCAACAAGUUAUGCAAUGCUUAUGUUUACAGUUUACAUUAGUAGUUAGAUUCAGCCUGAAUUUUCUUGUGGGAGGCAAAUUGUGGAAUGGUUACACUGACUUUCUGAUAACACCUGCCAAAGAUUUUAUAGAUGCACAGAGACACUGUUUUAAGUGCCAUUAUGAUUGCAGAGAGGCAUCCACCUCUCUGGUAGUUGUAAGUUAAUGGGCCUACAUAAGUCCAAAAAUUCCUGUUCAUGCAUUUAGUAAUAACUGAAGAGAGAGACUGAUUAUGUACACAUGUUUCUAACCAUUUCAUCCUUCUCACAUAUUCCCAGUGUCCUCACUAACCACCAGAGGUCAUAUUCCCUUUUCAUACUUGGUAAUUCUUAUCGCUUUGGACUGAGGUAAGGUCAUUCUUGCAGUCUGUUUUUAUGUAAUUUUGUAAAACAUUGUGACAUGUCAAACCGUUGGGCAACGGGAUCUGGAACGAGUUACCAUGAAGACAGGGAAAGCGAUGUUUCUAGAGACAUUGCUUGACAAUGCUGCCAAGAGUUGUUUACUGCUGCGUAACAACCAGCGCGUCACAGAGAAACACUGUUUUCAUUACUGUUAUGUAAUGCAAUACUAUAGGGUGAAAGAGACAGUGAUUUCCUUGAAACUGCACAACCAGCAGUUUUGCUCCCACUGUUAUUUUGAUGUGCAGAGCUGCCACUUGGAAUUCUAUAUAAAGGAAACAAACUUUUAUCUUCAUUAAAAAGCAGCUUAAUGAAUAAUGAAAGCUUUGUUCCUUGUGUUUCUCUGUGACGUGCCGAAGCUCACUGGUUGCUACGCGACAAUAAACAACUCUUUGCAGUGUUGACCUUUGGAAAUACUGCUUUCCUUAAUGUUUCAUAACUUGUCAAUAAACGUUUAUCAAGGGUUUGUCUUUGUGGUAACUUUUCACAUCCCAUUGACCAGCAACGGUUUGACAUGUCACAAGAUUUUUGCAUACGGUUUUGUAAUUUUGCCUCUUUUGACAUUUGGUUCCAGUUGUUGUAUUAUGUUCAAUUGUGCUUAAUAAAGAAGAAUUGUAGAUUGAAUUAACAAGAAUAAAUGUAGUUCUGACACAAAU